CUCCGUUAAAACUCUUUUUGACGGGUUUCAGUCGGUGAAGAUCAGCGGGUGGCGGUUUUUAUCCUCCCGCUCGGGUGAGCUCCGGCUGGGCUUCAGUUCUCAGGGUUUCUCGCUGUGUUCGGAGAGUUUGAGGCCGGUGAGUUUCAGUGACGCCAUGAUGUUAUUUAUACCCGAUGAGCUCACGAGCGCCGAACUCGGUAACUUCAGCACAACACGACCGAGCAGCGCUAACUAGCAUAACUAGCGGCCCACUGUACUGGUUUAACCGCUCGUCUGUGGAUUUACUGGAGAAUGAGAAGGACUGGAGGCUUGACGGAUCUGAUCAUGAUGAAGUGCAGCGGUGAGGAUCUUCCUGACGUCACGACGCUGCUGAACGUCUGAAUGGAGCCUGGAGCAGUCUGAGUCUCCCAUCACACACACACACACACACACACACACACACACGCAUUAACACAAACUCAAACACACACACUCUCUCCCUCCGCUGUGUGUGUGCGCUCCGCUGAGGCCGCAGUGGGGGAUUGUGGGUAUGUGUGAGCGCGUGUGCGGCGCGCGGCCCAUCGGCCCGCAGGCUCUGGUGGCGCUGCUGGAGGGCCGGGUGGAGCGGGUGCUGCUCAUCGACUGCAGGCCCUUCGUGGAGUUCAACUCCUGCCACAUCCUGGAGGCCGUGAACAUCAACUGCUCCAAGCUGAUGAAGAGGAGACUGCAGCAGGACAAGAUCCAGAUCAGCGAACUCCUGCAGCACUGCGCCAAGAGGAAGCUGGAGCUCCAGGGUCAGGAGGUGGUGGUUUAUGACCAGAGCUCAGGUGACCCCGCCUCCCUCUCACCUGAUGCCUUUCUCAGCGUCCUAUUGGUCAAGCUGGAGAAGAGUUUCCCAUCAGUCCACCUGCUCUCAGGGGGUUUUCUGCAGUUCUCAGGGCUGUUCCCAGGUCUGUGUGAAGGGAAGUCUGCGCUGGUGCCGUCCUGUGUGUCUGCGGUGUGUGUGUCAGUCAGCAGCGCCGGGCCCACACGGAUCCUGCCACACCUGUACCUGGGCUGCCAGCGGGACGUGCUCAACCAGGAGCUGAUGCAGCAGAACGACAUCGCCUUCGUGCUGAACGCCAGCAACUCCUGCCCCAAGCCAGACUUCAUCCCGGACACACACUUCCUGCGGGUGCCGGUGAACGACAGCUUCUGCGAGAAGAUCCUGCCGUGGCUCGACCGCUCCGUGGAGUUCAUCGAGAAAGCCAAGGCCAGUAACGCCAGAGUUCUGGUUCACUGUCUGGCGGGAAUCUCCCGCUCGGCCACCAUCGCCAUCGCCUACAUCAUGAAGAGGAUGGACAUGACACUAGAUGAAGCCUACAGGUUCGUGAAGGAGAAGCGGCCGACCAUCUCGCCCAACUUCAACUUCCUCGGGCAGCUGCUGGACUUCGAGAAGAAUCUGAAGAGUGUGUGUGACCCGCAGCGAGCGGCCGAACCGAAACCCGGCGUGUCGGAUCUGCUAGAGCCGCUGACGCUGCCCUGUGUGCUGAGUGGCGUCUCUGAGGAGCGUCUGCUGGCCCGUGCGCUCUGCGGACUCACGCUCGGAGAGGACCUGAAGGAGAACACCCGGCCCAAACGCUCAUUCUCCCUUGACAUUCAGUCGUACGGCGAGCCGGCGGCGUCUGUGCGGGCGUUUCCCGUCAGCACGGACAAACCAGGCUGCCAGUUCUCCCCGGUGCAGGAGGUUUCAGAGCAGAGUCCGGAUCGGGAGCAGACUGAGGACAGUUCUGCUAGACCCUGGGGUACGCCGGCGCUCCAGCGCAGUGGCAGUGUGGACGAGUCACCCCGUCCGGUCGGCGCACUUAAGGGUUGGCACUCAGACAUGCUGCUAGGGCCGGUGAGUGGUGGCUGGCUCCUGCCCCCAGACCUCUACCCUGGCGGGCCCCCGUACGGCUGCGCCGUGGGACUGGAGGCGGUGCGGCGGCGCGGGCGGCAGCGCAGCGGGGACACAGGAGACUCUCGCCGCAGCUGGCACGAGGAAACCAGCUUCGAGAAACAGCUGAAGCGCCGCAGCUGCCAGAUGGAGUUCGGGGACGGCGGGACAGAGAGCCGAUCCAGAGACGACACCGCAGCCGGCCAGACCAGCUUCAGCGGCAGCAUGGAGAUCAUAGAGGUCUCCUGAGGAACACACUCUCAUGCUGAUCACACACACGGCCACUGUUUAAGCAGUGUUGCUUGGUGACUUUUCUAUUAAGAAUGGGCAUCAAUAUUAUAUCUGUGACCCAACGGCCUGAUUAGUUACCCUGUGUGUCACCAGGCUGAUCAUUUCCCAGAGUGACCCAGCAGCAUUGCUCAAAUGUUGCCCUGUGCAUCUUCAGCAGAACUCUGCCUCUCUCUGGUUCAGACUGAAGCUGGAGUCUCCUGACGCUAGCCCAGCUGCAGUGCUGAAUCCAGGAGACUCGAUUCUCAACCCAUCAGGAGAUGUUCUGAAUGUAGGGCUGCGCAAUACUGGAGGAAACUGACGAUCGAUAUUUUAUUAUUCUGUGAUCCACAUUGAGUAUAUAUUCAGCUGAUGACAUGAACACCUCUGGAAUUGAUCAUGUGAGAGUGAUUGAUGAUGAUUUAGACUGAGCACAUCUGCACACCGUAUAACAACAAUACAGUAGUGUAGAAUAAACAUGCGGUAUUCAGGAACACAAGUUGUCCAAUCAGAUGUAGAAUAAUUCUCCAUCGUGUGCAGAAGUCAGAGUUUGAAGUGAUCAACACAAGGACAGAUGCUGUUGGUUUUGAUCCUCUCCACAUGUUGGCUACUGUAUGCUGUAAUGUAUAAGCCUGAGACGCUCACACAGCUGCAGGCAGUAAACACAUGCAGAUCAUUACACUCACUGAGAAGCUCAUGGUUACUCUGCAGUGACUCCACAGAUCAUUGAUCGUCCACACUGAGCGUCCUGCGCUGUGAGGGUGCAGAUGUGCACACUGUGGUAUCGAUGCUUAAGGAAGAUAUUGUGCGGCCCUCACUGAAUGCACUGCUAUUCUCUCUUUAAUGGAUUCAGAUUUUCCUUUUCACCAGCAGAUGGCGAUGUAUGGCUUUAAUUCCUCACACGCGCCUCUCAGAGAAAAUAACACAAACCUAAAACAAUCAUUACUGUAAUUAAAGUUUAAGCGAAUUACAAGAGUGAGCUGAGUCGACAUUCAUCAUCACAAAAGCUGAGCCGCGAAUAUAUCUGAGCAGUUACAAAAUCUAGCAUAGAGCGCCGAUUACUGUUAAACACUAGCAUAGAGCGCCAUAUACUGUUAAACACUAGCAUAGAGCGCCAUCUGCUGUUAAACACUAGCAUAGAGCGCCAUCUACUGUUAAACACUAGCCUAGAGUGCCAUCUACUGUUUCGAAACUAGCAUAGAGCGCCAUCUGCUGUUAAACGCUAACCUAGAGCGUUGUCUGCUGUGAAAUGCUAGCAUAGAGCACCAUCUACUGAUUUGAAAUUAACAUAAAGCGCCCUCUCAAACUAGCCUAGAGCAUUUUCUGCUGUUUAGCACUAGCCUAGAGCGCCAUCUGCUGUUAGCCGCUAGCCUAGAGCGCCAUCUACUGUUUCGAAACUAACAUAGAGCGUCAUCUGCUGUUAAACGCUAACCUAGAGCGCCAUCUACUGUUAAAUGCUAGCAUAGAGCACCAUCUACUGUUUCGAAACUAGCAUAGAGCAUCCUCUUAAACUAGUCUAAAGCAUUUUCUGCUGUUUAGCACUAGCCUAGAGCACCAUCUGCUGUUAGCCGCUAGCCUAGAACGCCAUCUACUGUUAGCCGCUAGCCUAGAGCGCCAUCUACUGUUUCGAAACUAGCAUAGAGCGCCAUCUGCUGUUAGCCGCUAGCCUAGAGGUCCAUCUACUGUUUCGAAACUAGUGUAGAGCACCAUCUGCUGUUAGCCGGUAGCCUAGAGCGCCAUCUACUGUUUCAAAACUAGCCUAGAUCGCUCCAUUCCAGAGAGGAUUGUCAUUCAUUCUGAAAAUGUAAGAAAUAAUCAGUAACUCUCAGUGCAUCGAUUAAUCGGCUCACUCAGAACACACCCUCACUGAGAACACACCCUCACUCAGAACACACCCUCACUGAGAACACACCCUCACUCAGAACACACCCUCACUGAGAACACACCCUCACUCAGAACACACCCUCACUCAGAACACACCCUCACCCUGAACACACCCUCACUGAGAACACACCCUCACUGAGAACACACCCUCACUCAGAACACACCCUCACUGAGAACACACCCUCACUGAGCACACACCCUCACUCAGAACACACCCUCACUCAGAACACACCCUCACCCUGAACACACCCUCACUGAGAACACACCCUCACUGAGAACACACCCUCACUCAGAACACACCCUCACUCAGAACACACCCUCACCCUGAACACACCCUCACUGAGAACACACCCUCACUCAGAACACACCCUCACUCAGAACACACCCUCACCCUGAACACACCCUCACUGAGAACACACCCUCACUGAGAACACACCCUCACUGAGAACACACCCUCACUGAGAACACACCCUCACUCAGAACACACCCUCACUGAGAACACACCCUCACUGAGAACACACCCUCACUGAGAACACACCCUCACUCAGAACACACCCUCACUCAGAACACACCCUCACUCAGAACACACCCUCACUCAGAACACACCCUCACCCUGAACACACCCUCACCGAGAACACACCCUCACUGAGAACACACCCUCACUCAGAACACACCCUCACUCAGAACACACCCUCACUCAGAACACACCCUCACUCAGAACACACCCUUACCCUGAACACACCCUCACUGAGAACACACCCUCACUCAGAACACACCCUCACUCUGAACACACCCUCACCCUGAACACACCCUCACUGAGAACACAGACUCACUCAGAACACACCCUCACUCAAAACACACCCUCACUCAGAACACACCCUCACCCUGAACACACCCUCACUGAGAACACAGACUCACUCAGAACACACCCUCACCCUGAACACACCCUCACUCAGAACACACCCUCACUCAGAACACACCCUCACUCAGAACACACCCUUACCCUGAACACACCCUCACUGAGAACACACCCUCACUCAGAACACACCCUCACUCUGAACACACCCUCACCCUGAACACACCCUCACUGAGAACACAGACUCACUCAGAACACACCCUCACUCAAAACACACCCUCACUCAGAACACACCCUCACCCUGAACACACCCUCACUGAGAACACAGACUCACUCAGAACACACCCUCACCCUGAACACACCCUCACUCAGAACACACCCUCACUCAGAACACACCCUCACCGUGGUUUUAGGAUGAAAACCUCCACAAAUAAACAAACCAUCAGAAUAUAGAUGUAAACGAAGCGUAAAGCGUGGUGUAGAAGUGACGUUUGGGUUAUGUUUGUGCGUCAGAAGUGGAGAUUUCCUCAAAAUAAACUGAAAUGAAUCAGAAUGAAGGAAGUAAAGCACAGCGACAGCAGCCCCGUGUGGGAGAUGACCUGCGCCGUCAUGAGUUCUGAUCUCAGGAAGUCCUGAAUCUGUUGAUGUGGAGUCACACACACACACACACACACACACAGACAGACUCUUUCCUCAUUCAGAAACCAUCCGCCGUUCACACACAGCUCUGAGAAACUCUUGAUUUCCCUCCACUGGUGCUUUAUUGUGGACCCAGAGCAGUGUUGAUGCUCAUAGACUCCAGAGAGAGAGAGAGAAAUGCUGACCUGAGAUCAGUGUUGAUUCUGCGUCUGAGGGUCAGCGGUGCGAGCACCAUGAAGAUGAUGAUGAUGAUGAUGAUGAACACUAUCAGAGUUCCUAAAGCUGUGAAAUGAGUCUUCAGGAUGAAUAAGCCCAGCUCAAUCUCCUCUGUCAGGCGGACGCUGUGAGCGGGUGUGCUCAGACCUGCAGUGAUCAGUGCGGAGACCGUAUUACUGAAGCCAUGACCCGCCGUGUUCAGAGUGUGACAUGAACAGGAGUGUGUGUGUGUGUGUGUGUGUGUGUGUGUGUGUGUGUGUGUGUGUGAAGUUUCUGCAGAUGUGGAUCAGUAGCAGGUUAUUGAUUGCUGAAAUAAAACACCAAUGGUACUUGA